AAAGACACUGAGGAUGAAGAUCAUUUUGAACAGUUACAUGAACUAUGAAUGUGUAAAAGACUUUGUUUCUUUUUCCAGAAAUACACCGCUACUUUUCCUGGAUGUUCUUUUUUCCAUGGUGCGACUAAUCAACCUCAAUCUUCAAUUUAAUAUCCAUUGUUAAUAUUCAAAAUUCAUUAACUCUCCUGUUUCAAUCUAUCAGUGAUAGCCUCCAUUUUAUGCUCGAAUAUCUGUAUCCGUAUUCGUAUAGCAGGAACAGGGCUUAUUAAUUCAGAAACGGGGUUGUUCAGAGUGUUCGUAGGUUGAUUUGUCAACCGGUUUGCCAAGAACGAGAUGAGGCUGCCCUUGAUACUCCGUCUUGUUUCCACCCUUUGCCUAGCGACGACUGCUGCUCUAGAGGCAUCCUUGGCGAAGCCUGGAUGUCAAGAAACUUGUGGAAAUGUCACCAUUCCUUAUCCUUUUGGAAUUGGUUCUCAAUGUUAUGCAAAUUCGUCAUUUGCAGUGAUCUGCGACAAUUCAACCAAUCCAGCAAGGCUGUACUUGAGCAGCAUCCAGUUGGAAAUACUAAAUAUUUCCCUGGUCGACGGUAUAGUAAGAAUUGUGCAGCCUGUUUCCCCUUUGAAUUGCUCUGCUGAAAUGAGAAGACAAUCGUCGGGGAAAGCACUUCUUGGAAGUCCUUUUACCAUCUCAGCAGUUCACAAUUCAGUGAUUGUUUUAGGCUGCAGAAAUACAGUCUGGUUGCUAGCCAAUGAGACGACAAUAGUUGGUGGAUGCACGGCUAUUUGUAGUGAGAAUUCAACAGACAUAAGAUGCAAUGGUGUGAGCUGCUGCCAGAUUACAAUCCCACGAGGGCUUCAAGAACUUCAAUUUACUUACCGAAGCAAUGAAUUUAGCAACAAUUCGACAUUCUGUGGCUAUGCUUUCGUUGCUGAGCAGAAAUGGUUCCUAGAAGAUUACAGAAGAUAUAAUGGCCUUCGGGCCAAUUUUUUAGAUCCAUUUGACCAAGAAUUCAGAAAUGCAAGUAUGGUACUCGAGUGGGAACUCAACAACGUGGAGCUUUCCCUUCAUAGUAGUUGCGAAUAUCGUGGUACUACCCCUCCAUCUUCACGUGAUGAGUUUGAUGCAUUAACCAGACUGUGCUACUGUGACAAUGGGUUUGAAGGAAAUCCCUAUCUACCUGACGGAUGCCAAGACAUUGAUGAGUGUAGCAGCAAUUCGACACUCAAUCCCUGUCCUUAUGGGAUUAAUUGUGUCAACAGAGUAGGGUAUUACGAGUGCCAGGAGCAGAAAUCUAGGAUGAAACUAGCGUUUAUCAUUGUUGGUUGUGGCCUUGGUGGACUAGUUUUGCUCCUGGGGGCAUGGAGGUCCACCAAAGUUAUUAGAAAUAGAAUCAAGACUCAUCAAAAACGCAAGUUUUUUAAGCGAAAUGGAGGUUUAUUAUUGGAACAGGAGUUGUCUUCAACUGAUAUUAAUGGCAUAGAGAAAACCAAGUUGUUUACUUCCAAAGAGCUGGCACAAGCUACCGAUCAUUAUAAUGAGGAUCGUAUAGUUGGGCGCGGCGGCCAAGGUACUGUUUACAAAGGCAUGUUAGCAGAUGGAAGAAUUGUGGCAGUCAAGAAGUCCAAAAGGGUAGAUGAAGAUGAUCUUGAGUUCUUCAUUAAUGAGGUUGUUAUUCUAUCACAGAUAAACCAUAGAAAUGUCGUAAAGUUACUUGGAUGUUGUCUGGAGACUGAAGUUCCUCUUCUCGUCUACGAGUUCAUCCCAAAUGGCACACUUUUCCAUCACAUCCAUGAACCAAAUGAGGACUUCCUUUUGUCUUGGGAAAUGCGUGUGCAAAUUGCCAGAGAAGUAGCUGGAGCACUUUCUUACUUGCACUCUGCUGCAUCAACACCGAUCUAUCAUCGGGAUAUCAAGUCAACUAACAUACUCUUGGACCAUAAAUAUCGUGCCAAAGUUUCAGAUUUCGGGACAUCACGGUCAGUUGCCAUUGAUCAAACUCACUUGACCACAAGAGUAUUAGGCACCUUUGGAUACUUGGAUCCAGAGUACUUCCAGUCGAGCCAGUUCACAGAAAAGAGCGACGUCUACAGUUUUGGGGUCGUUAUGGUUGAGCUUUUAACUGGGGAGAAAGCAAUUUCAUCAGUUAGAGCCGAAGUGGGAAAAAGUUUGGCCACACAUUUCUUGCAUUCAAUGGAGGAAGAUCAUUUAUUCAAUAUUCUUGAUCCGAGCAUUCUCAAAGAGGACAGGAGGGAAGAAGUUGUGGCUAUUGCUGAACUUGCUAGAAGAUGUCUGCAUUUGAAUGGCAAGAAAAGGCCAACAAUGAAGGAAGUUGCAGUGGAGUUGGAAGGAAUUCAACAGCUGAAAGAAGGGUCAGUAGUUCUGCAGAAUCAUGAUGUUAUCAGAGAAUGCCAUUCAAUUGAGUUUGCUGAGCCUCUUGACUUCUCUUCCAUCUCAAGUAGUAUGCGUUUUGACACCAUUACCAUUACUGCAUGCUCAGCCAACGACGACAGUCGAACAUUAGUUGCUUGAUGACCCGGGAAAAAGAUCUCAUUUCUUUAGUCUACAUCCAUUAUAUUGCUGGAAUAUGAUAUACGCAUUUCAUCUUUGUACUACGUUGUCAUAGUUUUCUUUGCAUGUUUGUAUAAAGUACAUAUGAGACUAUUUGCUUCAGUUUACAUAUUCUGAAGACCCCAUUCUUGAUGAGAAUCAAAGUAAUAACAUGAAAUGUAUUGGAGGGCCAA